AUGGAAGGAGAAGAGGCACAUGAGAAAGAUGGCAAGCCGUGCCCCAUGACGACCUCACACACGAUGUUUUAUGGGUCCUCCCCCACCAUGGCUCCACCAUCCAAGAACCGGCUGAAGCGCCAGAGCCGGAUUUUCUCCCAGGUCUUGUACCGGACACUGAGCUACAAGGACCGGAGCUCAGCAUCCGCUUCCCCAGCAGCCAGCGAAGACGACCCAGCCGAGCUCUCCACCCAACUCUCAGCUCCUGGUGUCCUCAAGAUCUUCGGGGGCAACAUCUGUGCAGGCACCAACUACAAGAGCGUGCUGGCCACGGGCAGCUCGGGCGCGCGGGAGCUGGUGAAGGAGGCCCUGGAGCGCUACGGGCUGAGCCAGCGCAGCGCGGGGCAAUACGCCCUCUGCGAUGUCAUCGGCAGGUUUGAGGGGCCUGAGAAGCGGUGGCAGACGGAGGGGCUGAGGGUCCUGGGUGACCACGAGAAGCCGCUGCUCAUCCAGGACCUCUGGAAGCCCAGGGAGGGCUUCUCGCGGCGGCUGGAGCUGCGCAAGAGAGCGGAGGUGGAGGAGAUGGCGGCCAGGGAUGUGGACACCACCACGGCAGGACAGGAGCGGACACGAGAGCUGGCUGAGAAGCAAUCCCAGCACCACGACCCUGCUACCCUGUCCUGCUUCACCAUCACAGACCUUCUCCCAGACCUACAGCACAUCCUCUUCUGGAUGGCCAAUGCCAUUGAGGUCCUCUACUUUGUCCAGCAGAAAUCACCCACCUACAUCCAGAGCAUGGAGGAGGAGCUGGAUGUCAAAGGCUCCAAGGAGUCUCUGUUCUCCUCGACCAUCACAGCCAGCGAGGAGGCGAUGACGGUGCUGGAGGAGGUGAUCAUGUACACCUUCCAGCAGUGUGUCUACUACAUCUCCAAGUGUCUGUACGUGUCACUCCCUGCCCUGCUGGAGUGCAACCCCUUCCAGAACGAGUGCCGGGAGAGCUGGCGGGCGGUGCCGCCGCUGCCCGAGGAGCUUCGCAGGGUCGUGCUCAUCUACCAGGCCACGCUGGACCUGCUCCGCCAGUACGAAGUGCACCCAGAGAUCACCUCCCAGAUGUUCGCCUACCUCUUCUUCUUCUCCAACACCCUGCUCUUCAACCAGCUCCUGGACAAGGGCUCCUCUCUCAGCUGCUUCCACUGGUCGCAGGGGGUGAAGCUGCGGGCCUGCGUGCGGCUGCUCCUGGAGUGGCUGCGCGGGGCCGGCUUCGAGCAGCUCGCCCAGCAGUUCUUUGCCAAACUUGCCAGCGUGGCCAACCUGCUGGCCAUGCCCGGCUCCCAGCUGGUCCAGAUGACCUGGUCGUCCCUGCGAGCCGAGUUCCCGGCGCUGAGCCCUGCACAGCUCCACCGGGUGCUGAGCCAGUGCCAGGAGGUGAUGGACCUGGGCUGUAUCACAGCAUGGCAGCCCGGCGAGGAGGAGAGCCCAGCCACCUUCCAGCCUGAUGAGGUGCUGGAGUCAUUCGACAACCACCCACCCAUCAUCCUGCCCAGCGGGGGUUUCAAAGUGGACCUGGAGGUGGAGACGUUGGAUGACAACAUCUACCGGCACCUCCUUUACAUCCGCCACUUCCUCUGGAGCCUGCAGAGCAAGAGCCCCCACAGCAGCGAGGGGCCAGGCUUGGCACCCCCAAAGAAAGAGGCAUGCACGACACCAGAUGUCCUGGAGGUGAGUGAGAGCCCAGUGAGAACCUGCACCAUCACCCAGGAGGACUACUGCGCCCUGGGGGGCUGUGCUGAGCCCCAGGGGAGCCCCCCACUCCUCCUGGCCACCAAUGGCUGCCCCUGCGAGCACCCCGCCGGAGAGCCACAGCUCCAGGAGAAGCUCAAGCAGCUGCAGCUGGGCAGGGGUCUGGCCCCCAAGGCUGGAAUGGCCCCUCCAGCCUCCUCCUGCCUGCUGACACCUCCCACCACCCCCCUGCCCUUUGACUCUGGGAGCCCAGAGUCCCCACAGGGCACCAGCAAGGGGCUGCAGGACCCCCGGAGGAAUGGGAUGAACAGCACCAAAGGCAGCACCCCUGAAGGGUGCUCACCAACUCCCUACGACUACCCCACGCCAGAGUCUUCCAGCCGCAGCUCUGCCACUGAUGAUUUCUGCUACGUCUUCGUGGUGGAGCUGGAGAGAGGACCCAUUGGGCUGGGGAUGGGGCUGAUCGACGGCGUGCACACGUCCCUCUGCUCCCCGGGGAUCUACAUCCGCACGCUGAUCGAGGACAGCCCCGCGGCCACGGAUGGCCGGCUCUCCAUCGGGGACCGCAUCCUGGCUGUCAACGGCACCAGCCUCAUCGGGGCAGACUACCAAAGUGCAGUGGAUCUCAUCCGCUCCGGAGGGAAGAAGCUGCGGUUUCUGGUUGCCAAGUCGGAUAUGGAAAUAGCCAAAAAAAUCAGUUCCAGCUCCUCUUCCUCCUAG